AGCCCGAGCCCUACUUAAACACAAACUCUCAGUCAGAAAAACACUCUCUCUUUCUCUCACACACUACAGAUAACGAAUCUACGAAAACACUCUCCCUACUUUCUGUCUCUGUGGAACCCAUCUGAAGAUCAGGAUGCUUUGCUGUAGAGAGUGUGUCCUGACUGUGCUGUUAUCUCUCCUCAUCCUCACACUCAUCCCCUCCACAAAAUCAGCAGAUUGCUGUCUGAAGUACACUCGGCGUCCAGUGCCAUGCCGACGGCUGAAAGACUACACUUACCAGACCAUUACCUCUUCCUGUGACAUCCAUGCUGUCGUCUUCCACACCCGGAGGGACAAGUUUGUGUGUGCCGACCCCUCUCAAGACUGGACCAAGAGGGUACAACGCUGUCUGCUCAAGCGUCAGGAGAGGAAAUCUAAACUGAAGAAAAUUCUCUGAUCUCAAGACCUCAUGACCUGGAGAUGAUGUGGAGAGGGUUUCAUGACCUGGAGAUGAUGUGGAGAGGGUUUCAUGACCUGGAGAUGAUGUGGAGAGGGUUUCAUGACCUGGAGAUGAUGUGGAGAGGGUUUCACGGCCUGGAGAUGAUGUGGAGAGGGUUUCAUGACCUG